AUCUUCUUGUCCUUCCAUUGGCAAAGAGUCAAAGAGAGAAAGAGAGAUAGAGAGAGAGAAAGAGAGAAAGAAUGGGAAAGAAAGGAGAAGGGUUCUUUCUGAGCAGAAUAAGGGCUAAUGUAAGAGUCCAACCACCGACAACUACGAGCCAGCAUGGCUGCAGCCACGAGCCACCAACCACCUCCAUAGGGAUAAAAGGAAGAAGAAUAAUGGUUGUGGUUGAUACUUGCUCGGAGGCUAAGAACGCUUUGCUUUGGACUCUCUCGCAUUGUGCUCAGCCUCAAGAUUCCAUUCUUCUACUCCAUUUUCUUAAAGCUAAAACCUCUCAAUCAGGUGAUCUAGCUAACAAAAAAGAAGGAGAAGAAGAAUCUUGUGACAAACCAACAACGUCAAGAGCUGAUAAAAAGGUUUCAGCCUUGAAAACCAUGUGUGAGCUUAAAAGACCUGAGGUAAAGACAGAAGUGGUGGUUGUAAAAGGUGACGAGAAGGGUCCGACCAUAGUGAAAGAGGCAAGAGAACGAGAAGCGUCCUUACUAGUUCUAGGCCAGAAGAAACAACAUGCCACAUGGCGGCUACUAAUGGUAUGGGCGUCGCAGGCCCGACCCGUGACCAAACACGACUUCGUCGAGUAUUGCAUCAACAACUCUCCUUGCAUGGCUAUUGCGGUUCGUAAGAGAGGCAAGAAACUUGGUGGAUACACUCUUACAACUAAGCGUCACAAAGAUUUCUGGCUUCUUGCCUGAAAUAGUAAUCUAUUCACAUCUAAAUUAAUAUAACCUUUUUUA